AUGGUAGGGCUCUUGAUGCAACCGUAUGGAAUACAGGGAAUGCUGAAAGAAGGGCACCAACAUCUCUCCGGCUUCGGCCUCGACGAAGCCGUGCUAAAAAAUAUCGAUGCUUGCGAACAGCUCCCCACCAUCACCUGCACUUCCCUUGGUCCUAACGUCAAAACCCCGGCCAGCGCCUCAGCCUCUAACUCUCUGUUUUCGAGUAUACAAAGUAUUAAGGUGUUUCUAGGCGUUUGGGAUUCGUUUUCCGUGACUCAACAUCUUCAGCUUCGGUGGUGUCACUGUCUUUUUCUUGUCUUUCUCUCUCUUCGACUUCUUCAUUUUCUGUUUGCAAAGCUGGGUGGGUUUGGGACUGUGAAUGGGAAUGUUGGACAUAUGGGCUUGAACCAGAAUCAGGGUUUCUUUGGUUUUCAAGAACAGUUUCAAGUGGAUCCGUUUGGAGUUGGGGGAUUGAAGAACUCGAAAGAGCUCUCUUCAACACCAAAUGGCGUUAAAUGCUACUAA